GUUCCGCUAGUCCUUUGUUGUAAAAAGACCAGAUUCUGAUAGUCUGGUGUUAUAUUUUAGAUCAGUUUGUUUUUAAGGCACAUCUCGAGUUUGAAUGAGCAGCAGGCACUUGCAAAAACUAUAAACAUAGUCAAAUCAUAGUGUUAACUGUUUAUAAAGAUUUAAACUUAAACAGAUCUAGAUUAUUAUAAGAUGAAAGAAGACAGCACUUAUUCUAUCCCAUGUUCUCACACAGUUAGUUGUGUUGAAUUUUCCCCCUUCGAGUGGUCUUGUCAUUUGCUUGCUGUCGGAACAUCUUCUGGGAUCUCAGUCUUCUCUUGUCGGUUUCAGGAAGAAGAUUCAGAAAUCACUAAAGGUAUUGAGUACACACAUUUAAGAGAUUUUUCUACCCAGUGUAACACAUUGGCCAUAGCAUGGAGCCCACAAACUUCAUUGAAAGUGUUACCAAAGUUAAUGAGCUUGGCUGCAGCUUCAGAUGACAGAAGUUUAAAGGUUUUUAUCACGGACAUGAACAAAUCAAAUACAGUCAAAGUAUUGUCUGGACACAAAGGUUUUGUCAAUUCUAUCACAUAUGAUCCUAGUGAAGGCUCCCAGCUGGCCAGCACAGGAGAUGACUUGACCUGUAGGAUCUGGUCACUGGCAGAAGGUCGCCAGGAGUCCUUGUUUCAACUUACCUCCCCUGGCAUGGCUGUGUGCUGGCACUCUGACGAACCAUUCAAGCUGAUGGUGGCCCAGAAGGAUGGAAUUAUUCGUUUCUUUUCUCUACACAACAACCAGCCAAUCAUGAGCCUCAGCACUGGACAAACACCUCUCCUGUCUGCUGAUUGGUCAAGACACAACAACUUGCUUGUUGGUGCUGUGGCAGGCUCUGAUUGGAUCGUUUUUGAUGUUUCAUUGUCAAGUCUGCCAAUAGAAAAAAGACAAGCUCACAAUGAAGGCGCUCGAAAUUUUCGCUGGUCUCGAUGUCAUGAGUCACUGGUGGCAACAUGUGGCCGCCCUGGGCGUCAGCUCAAAGUCUUCAACACCAGGCAUCAUCAGACCCAUGUCAAUACCAGCCUGAAGGUUUCCUAUGGCCUCUCCUGGCACCAGCGCCUGCCUAUUGUGGCAGUAGGGGGGGACAAGAUGGUCCACUUCUGGAGUGUUGAGUCUAUCUAACAGACAGACAGACAAACUCACCAGCCUGUGUUCACAUUUAUUGAUGUAAAAACUCUGCACAUGAUGGAAAUAAAUAAACAUUUUUAUGAUUGAAUC